AUGAGAACAGAACUCGUCCGUCUCGUAGCCUCUGGGCUACUACUGGUCAUUCAGCUCCCCGGCCUUGGUUUUGCAGCAGGCCUGCAUCCUCACCACCCUUCCAACACCGACAAUCACCACGCACGCCCGUUCUCAUUCUUGACUAAACUUCGCGACAGCGCAGUCGAACUCCUUUUCGGCCGUCAUCCCACCAGAAAUGCCGACCAGCAUAUCGUCCCGUCCAGUGCGCGGGCCUGGUACACCAACGAGCUAGUCUUGCGCUUCAAUGUCACCACAUCCGAAGAGGAGAUCGCCCUUGCUCAUGCGGCGGCCCGACUCUUCCUAGAUGUUUGGGCAUUCACGGACGAGUUCGUCGACAUUCGCAUGCACCGCGAUGAGGUCUCCCCUCUCCUCAGUCUUCUCCCGCCCUCGCUUCGAGUUGCUCAAUCCACCAUGAUAUCAGAUCUCGCCUCCGCCGUUUAUGAUUCGAUGCCAUUCCUUCAUCAUGAAGCAGUAAUUAGGACUGAUGAAGCACUGUCAGCGUCGACAUCGCCAUUUCCGGAAGCGAGUGGCAACCUCUUUUUCCAAGAUUACCAACCAUUGCCCGUCAUUGUUCGUUGGAUGCGCCUGCUUGAGGCAAUGUUCCCAUCACAUGUCGAGUACGUCUCCAUAGGGGCGUCAUUUGAAGAAAGAGAAAUAUCAGCUUUGCGAGUUGGGCUGCCCCCCAAUGUCGACCCUACGAAGCCGCGAAAGACAAUCGUUGUCACUGGUGGUCUUCACGCCAGAGAGUGGAUCUCGACCAGCACCGUAAAUUAUGUGGCAUGGUCUUUUAUCACGUCAUUUGGGAAGGAGCGCAUGAUCACAAAACUUCUUCAAGAAUUUGACAUGGUGUUUGUCCCUGUCCUCAAUCCUGACGGUGUGGAGUACUCCUGGCAGGUGGACCGGCUGUGGCGUAAAUCACGACAGCAAACAAAUCUUCGGUACUGUCGUGGUCUUGACCUGGACCAUGCCUUCGGGUAUGAAUGGGAUGGCAGUCAGAUGCAGGCCGACCCAUGCUCUGAGGGCUAUGGGGGUGAACAACCUUUCCAAGCUGUGGAAGCAAUGCAGCUAGCAAGUUGGGCUCGGAACGAAACUCUUAAUAACAACGUCAAGUUUGUGGGUCUCAUAGACCUGCAUUCCUAUUCUCAACAGAUUCUCUUCCCUUAUGCCUUUUCCUGCCAGGCGAUGCCUCCGAACCUUGAGAAACUGGAGGAGCUUGCGGCUGGGAUUGCAAAAGCUAUCCGCCUGGCAGACGGGGAGUCAUAUUCUGUCAUGUCGGCUUGCGAAGGUGCUACAGCGAGACAAGACCAGUCCACAUCACGCAUUGAAUCCGGAGGUGGCUCUGCAAUUGAUUGGUUUUACCACGAGCUGGGCGCCCAUUUCAGCUACCAGAUCAAACUCCGAGAUACUGGCACCUACGGUUUCCUUCUGCCCAAGGAAUAUAUCGUCCCCAGUGGAGAAGAAGUCUUCAGUGCCAUGAAAUACUAUGGCGACUAUCUUCUGGGAAAUAAUGGAAUCGAACGGUUUUCAGAAGAGACGGCGAGUCCUGGCGAUCAACCCGAGUCGGCUGCAUACGACGAUGUGCCACUCAGUCAGGAGCUCAAGCGGCGGCGACUCCGCCGCUGA